CGCACUAGGCAUUUCAAAGCUGUUUGCUUGAUGGGAAGAUUUAAAGAAAAAAACGAAAGAAAAUGGAAGACAAUGUAAUGAAAACGAGUUGAAACGAAAUUAUGAGUGCUGCGUUUGUAACUGGUGUUCUUCCGCUCUUUCGAAAAUUUUGUGUCACCUCAAUGAAUAUUGACUGAAAAUGUUGCUAUUUGGACCCCGCAUUGUGAAAGCUCUGUAAAUUUCUAAGUGUUGAAUGGAUAAAAGACUGGGACAAAAGUGAAACUUGUGGAAUAAGGUGAGGAAGAGUAGGAAGCCACGCCAUGGAAUCUGGCGAGUAUGAAGAAGGCAUGGUGAUUGAAUUCUCUGCAAAUGGGAAUUCCAUGAAAGCAACAGAUGUUCAGGCCAAGCUUGAUGAAGGAAAUAUUCAGGAGGCAGAAUCUUCAUUACGAGAAGGAUUAUCACUCAAUUUUGAGGAAGCAAGAGCCCUUCUUGGAAAGCUGGAGUACCAAAGAGGUAACCUAGAAGGUGCACUUCGUGUGUUUGAUGGCAUCGAUCUUCAAGCUGCCAUAGAGCGAUUGCAACCUUCUCUUGCUGAGAAAACACCUUCUAGGAAGGGCCGAUCUCGUUCUGACUCACAGCAUACAGUCUCACAGCAUGCUGCUAGUCUCGUUCUUGAUGCAAUAUACUUAAAAUCCAAGUCUCUUCAAAAGCUUGGGAGAUUAACUGAGGCUGCUAGUGAAUGCAAAAAUGUGCUUGAUGCUGUGGAAAAAAUUUUCCAUCAGGGCAUACAUGAUGCGCAAGUGGAUGGUAGAUUGCAAGAGACAGUCAGCCAAGCUGUAGAGCUUCUUCCUGAGCUUUGGAAGCAAGCUGGUUACUAUCAUGAAGCAAUAUCUGCUUACAGGCGUGCCCUACUUAGUCAAUGGAACCUUGACAACGACUGCUGUGCAAGAAUUCAGAAAGGAUUUGCUGUGUUUUUGUUGUAUAGUGGAGUAGAGGCUGGUCCACCCAGUUUAGGUGUUCAGGUUGAAGGUUCAUAUGUGCCCAAAAAUAAUCUGGAGGAAGCAAUUCUGCUUUUGAUGAUCCUUUUGAGAAAGUUAUCCCUAGGUAAAACCAAAUGUGACCCAUCGCUUAUGGAACAUCUAACAUUUGCAUUAUCCUUAUGCAACCAAACUUCAGUUUUAGCAAAGCAGCUGGAAGAGAUCAUGCCUGGAGUAUAUCACCGUGUUGAUCGUUGGAAUUCAUUAGCUCUUUGUUAUAGUGGAGCAGGACACAACAACGAGGCUUUGAAUCUAUUAAGGAAGUCUUUACACAAACAUGAACGACCAGAUGAACUCACAGCAUUGUUAUUAGCUGCCAAAACCUGCAGUGAGGAUUCCCAUGUUGCAGCUGAGGGAGUGGGAUAUGCACAAAGGGCUAUUAGUAGUGCUCAGGGGAUGGAUGAACAUUUAAAGGGUGUGGGUCUUCGCUUGUUGGGUCUUUGUUUGGGGAAACAAGCAAAAGUUUCUUCCUCUGACUUUGAGAGGUUCCGGCUUCAGUCUGAAGCACUGAAAUCGCUAAAUGAAGCCAUUGCUUUGGAGCAGAAUAACUUAGAUUUGAUUUUUGAGUUGGGUGUUCAAUAUGCAGAGCAUCGGAAUCUAAAUGCUGCUUUGCGGUAUGCAAAACAGUUCAUUGAUCGAACAGGGGGCUCCAUAAUAAAAGGUUGGAGAUUGCUUGCUCUUGUUUUGUCUGCUCAACAGCGAUAUUCAGAGGCUCACGUGGUCACUGAUGCUGCUUUGGAUGAGACAGCAAAAUGGGAACAAGGGCCAUUGCUCAGGCUUAAAGCAAAGCUGAAAAUCUCUCAAUCAUUACCCAUGGAUGCAAUUGAAACUUAUCGUUACCUUCUUGCAUUGGUUCAAGCCCAAAGAAAAUCUUUUGGGCCUCUCAGAAUUAGUAAUCAGGUUGAAGAUGAUAAAGUCGAUGAAUUCGAAGUUUGGCAUGGUUUGGCAGACUUAUACUCUAGCCUAUCACAUUGGAAGGAUGCAGAAAUAUGUUUGAGUAAAGCCAGCGAACUGAAGCUGCACUCUGCAGAAACGCUGCACACGGAAGGUGUUAUCUUAGAAGGACGUGGACAAAUUGAAGAAGCUCUAGCAGCUUAUAUUGAUGCUCUUCUGCUAGAACCCUAUUAUGUUCCGUGCAAGAUUUUGAUUGCUGCUCUUCUGUCAAAGAUGGGCUCAGUGGCAUUGCCUGUGGCAAGAAGCUUACUCUCGGAUGCAUUAAGGAUCGAUCCUAACAAUCGAAAGGCUUGGUAUUACUUGGGGAUGAUUCACAGAGAUGAUGGUCGAAUAGCAGACGCCAUCGACUGCUUCCAGGCAGCUUCCAUGCUGGAAGAAUCUGAUCCUAUUGAAAGCUUCAGCUCCAUUCUCUGAUGUCUCCCUCUAUUAAAGGGUAUACGUUUUUGUAAUUUUUGGUUCUAAAUAUCAUUUAUUUUAA